AUCCCAAUAUGAAGGCAAUUUAAAUGAUGGAGCUUUAUAAUAUGAUGAAUGAUAAUCGACAUUUGGUGAUAGCCGAUUUAAGAAAGUUGGAGUUGUUUGAAGAAAAACAAAUAAGAGGAAGUUUUUGUAUUUAGGACAGUGUCCAAACAAUUGCAUCUCACCUUGAGAAACUAGACGCCAAUGCGAAGAAAAACGAAGAGAAAUACCAUACUCAACCUAUUCGUAGGAUGGUGAUUAUUAAUGACGAUUACACCAAGAUAGAAUAAGAUGCUGAAUUGAUCAAAAAUCUAAUUAACAGUCUGAAAAUGAAUGAAUAUAAGGUAUACUAUUUGAAGACUUCAGUGGAAGCAUUCUUAGGGAAAUACCCCUUUUACACUUUGUCAAAAGUUAUGUUAUAAAAUUAUGAGAAUUUGGAUAAUAACGAGGAUUAAUAGAAAGUGUUAUUCUCUUAUUCACAAUUCCCUUAAUAACUAGAGGAGAGCAAACUCUUUCUAGGAAGUAAUUUAAAUGCGAAUAGCAAAAAGUAAUUGGAUGCUUUGUAAAUUAAGACGAUCAUUGAUUUUAAGAGAUAUGAACCAGAUGCAAAAUUAUCUGCUUGGAAAAAGGAAUAAUAUAAUUAUAUCAAUUAUCCUAUAAGUGAAGAGGGAGAAUAAUUAAUAGAUUUUAACCAACUAACUGACCUAAUAGAGAAGUAAAAUGGCCCUGUAUUAUUGUGUUGUCCUGAUGGUUAUUCAACAACAAGUGUUGUGGCAAUUGGAUAUUUAAUGACAUAAAAGAAAUAGAACUUUAAUAUUUCAUCAUUGAAAGUAUUUCAGAUAAGAGGAAACACUACAGUGAAUAAAAAACUUUAUACCCAAGUAUUGACCUAUGAUCCAAAAACGAUAGUUAAUAAGAUAACGCAAUAACUAGUAUUAUAAUGA